UGUCACACUCUCAGAGUUUCAGAGCACAAUCAAGGAAGGUUAGUGGCAAUGGCGACCAUCAAUGUUCCGCAGCACGUUCCUUCUCCCAAGGAAGACUGUGAUCAGCUUCGCAAAGCUUUCCAAGGAUGGGGAACGAACGAGGGUUUGAUCAUAUCCAUUUUGGCCCACAGAAAUGAAGCUCAAAGAAGAUUAAUUCGGAAAACCUAUGCUGAGACAUAUGGUGACGAUCUUCUUAAAGAACUAGACAAGGAACUUUCGAGUGAUUUUGAGCGACUUGUACUUUUGUGGACAUUGGAACCUGCAGACCGUGAUGCAUUGAUGGUGAAUGAAGCAACGAAAUGGCUGACCGCAAACAAUUUAGUUAUUGUGGAAAUAGCUUGCACUCGAACAUCACUCCAACUAUUCAAGGUGAGGCAGGCCUAUCAUGCCCGUUUCAAGAAAUCUCUUGAAGAAGAUGUCGCAUAUCAUACAUCUGGAGAUAUCCGCAAGCUUUUGGUCCCCUUGAUUAGCUCACUCCGAUACGAGGGAGAUGAGGUGAAUAAGACCUUAGCAAAAUCAGAGGCCAAAGUACUCCAUGAGAAGAUAGCAAAGAAGGAAUACAAUCAUGACGACCUAGUUAGAAUUCUGACGACAAGGAGCAAAGCACAAUUACUUGCAACAUUUAAUCACUACAAUAACGAGUAUGGCAAUGUCAUCAACAAGGACUUGAAGGCUGAUCCCAACGGCGAGUACCUGAAGUUACUGAGAACAACCAUCAAGUCUUUGACCUUCCCAGAAAGAUACUUUGCAAAAAUCCUUAGGUUGGCAAUCAACAAGUUGGGGACGGACGAAUGGGCUCUUGCCAGGGUCAUUGCUUCUCGAGCUGAAAUCGAUUUGAAGCACAUCAAAGAGGAAUUUUAUCGCAGGAACAGCAUUCCUCUGGAUCGUGCCAUUGCCGAUGACACUUCUGGAGACUUCGAGAGAAUGCUACUUGAGCUGAUUGGACAUGGUGAUGCCUGAUGUGUACUCUUCUUCAGGAAAGGUACUUUGCUUUAAAGGCAUUGAUUUAGAUCGCAUCAAAGAUGUCUCUUUGUUUGCUUGAACUUUGAAUAUGGAGAACAAGUGGCAUCUACAUUAUGUAGGAUCUGGGCACGGCGACGCUAAAUAACUGGUUUUGUCCUCAUCUUGGUGUCUUUUCCUGUGUACUCUCUAGGAUUUUCUUCUUGUAUUGUGUAUUAUCAACGGAGGUUUUGUUGAAACAAUAGUUGUAUAAAUAAGUGAUGCUUGAAUACCUUCAAGUUUAAACACGAAUAAAUGUCUUUAUAUCUUACA